GGGCCAGCGCCUACCCAGCGCUUGACGGCACCGGUUGUUUCCGACGGCAGCGUGUGCGUGCUCUUCAUCGUGGAACGAGCUUCGAGUUCGGGGCGUUAUUUGCGUCGGAAAGAUCUUAACGCAGCGCCGGCGCGGUGUAGCGCGCGCACGUUGUGUCUAGCGCGUGUCGUCGGUGUCGAACGGAUUACCUGUCCCUUUCUUACAACGUGUUUUUCGUACAACGUGUUUUGUACAACGUGUACAAAGUACAAGUGUGUUUCUUCUAGCGCGUUGGGGAACUGCCUCAAGCGUCGACAUGAUGCAGACUGCUCAAACGGCGUGCCAACGCUGCGUAUGAUAUCAGUGUUUCCCGCAUCGCCGUGCUGACGAGGGUGUUUUUUUAUUGGUGUGUGAGGUGUUGUUGUUGGUGUGCGCGGGGGAUUAUUUACCGGAGGAUUUUAUUUCACGCCUCACGAGAAGAGAGAGUUAACGAAAGUAUGGCGGAGUACGAGGAAAUGGUGCGGCUCGUUGAUGGAGCUUACAAGAACAUCUUGGAAAAGUUCAACCCCUGUGCCAGGCAACUCAUCGCUGCCGGGAAGACGUACCUGAAAGCACUUCACGCCGCCGUCGCCGCUUCCAAGGGAUACAUGGACGCCAUCUCUCGGCUAGCGCGCCAUGCUCACCAGGCCACCUGGGGAGGGUGCACGGACAUAGGUACAGCGCUGAUGCAGCUGGUCGACGUACAAAAGGAGAUAGAGAACCAGCAGAUGAACGUGCUCAAGGCCUUCUACGUGGAUGUGAUUGUCCCACUUGAGUCCAACAUCGAGAAGGACGCCAAAGUGGUGGCCAGCGAGCAGAAGCGAUUCAUGCAACAGCAGAAGACGCACCACGAGUCCUACCUCAAAAUCGCCUCCAUCGUCAAGAAGCAACGCAAGAAGAGUCGAGCCGGAAACCGGGGCUCUAAUGUCGACAAAGAGAUCAAGCAAAUGCAGAGCCUUGAAGAAGAGAAAGGCAAGCUGGACGGCUUCUGCGAGAGCAGCCUGAAGCAGGCCAUCACUCAAGAACGGCGCCGAUUCGGCUUUGUCCUGGAGCGCCAAUGUUCCCUUGCCAAGCACUACAUGGCCUACACAGCAAAGGGACACGCCCUGUUGCAGCAGAAUGUCGAGGGUUGGCUGGACAUCGUCAGGACCAGGGAGACGCUACCGGAGUCCAUUAGCAAGAUCUUCAACACGGUGCCGGAACUUCGGCUUCCCAUACGGUGCAGCAGCGAGUACGCCUGCUCGGGCAUCCUGUCCGACCCGGAGUGUUCGUACGGCGGGAGCCUGUCGCGCCGGUUGCCGCGCAGCACCGACAACAGCUGCGUCGACCUGCGCUCCUUAAUCGCCGACCCGUACGGACUGCCUCCGAGGUCAAGCAUCGCCAGGGCCAAGUCUGACUUCAACCUCGCCUCUUCUACUGCCAGCCUAGACUCGGCGGAGUAUGUGACUCCAAGUCGCGGAGGCGGGAGCCCCCUGGCGGGCGGCAUGGCGCUGGGCGUGGCCUCGGGGGACAGGCCGCGGGUACGAGCCCUGUACGCGUACCUCUCCAGCGGCGAGCACCAGCUCAGCUUCCACGAGGGUGACGUCAUCGCACUCGUCGGAGGCCGAAACAAGGGCUGGCAGUACGGCGUCAACCUCAGGAACAACAGGUGUGGCUGGUUCCCCAUAGCCUACACGGAACCACAUGAUCCGGGGGACGCGUCGGACUUCGACAGCUUCAUCAGUGGCUCGGACAGUUCUGCGGCCGUGCCGUCAUCAUCGUCCGAGUCGUCAGGAGGCUCCUCAGGCCUGGGUCGGUGGCGACCACGCAGCACCUACUUCGCCUCCGACUUCAUGUUACCCCCGGGCCCUGCACCGCGCCGUCCGCUGUCCAGCUUUAUUGACGCUCCGUCCUUCCCCUUACGGCUGGACCCGGGUGGCGAGGACGUCGCCGACGAGCCCCAUCAUCGAGGGUUACAACCCAAUCUACUUCCGGCCUCCGGUUCUCCCGGAAGAGGACGAGGAGGAGAGGCAGGAUCCUCCUCUUCCGGUGUCUCCUCAGCAGCCUCCUCAGCCACAGGAAUCCCCUCGGGUGGCGGCUCCUCAUCCUCCUGCGGCGCCACCCCCUCCUCCACCACCGCCACCGCCCCUGCCACCAUCCAUCCCGUGUACGGACGGCACACCCCCGUGGCGGCGGGCUGCGGAACCCUGAGGCCUCCCCGGCGCUCCAUGACGUCACCGUGCCCGUUCCCGCUCCUGCCCCCGCCGAAGCUGCCGCCGCCCGGAAGUCUGCUGCACGGGAGCAGUGAUAGCGGAUUCGGCAACGAGGCGACGCUCGCCGGUGCUGCCACACCGGCUGCGGCGGCAGCGGCGGGAACGCCGGGGGCACCCGGCGUGGUGACGUCAACGACGACGGUGCCUGCGUCGUCCGACGUCAAGGCGACGACGGCGACGCUGACGCGUCAGGACAGCGUAAGGGAGGAGGACGAAGAGCAAGAGGAACAGCCGAGAGACAACGUAUUCUCGUCCGUCAAGCUGAAGAAGGUGCUAACCGAUGACCGAUCGGCACCGAUGAUCACGUGAGGCAACUAGGCCCUGUUUCUUUUUAUUUGUUUCUUUCUUUUUCGUCGCCAUCGCCUUGGACACAAUCCCCGACGAAAUCAACGCCCACAGCAACCCAGAAGAGACAUUCCAGACCGUGGCCAAAGCAGCAGCAGCGACUCUGCUCGAAGAACAUCCAUUCCUGCCAAGGGCACUAUUGUUGCUGUUCAUUUUCCUUUUCCUUUUGCACGACUCCCCUAUUGUUAUUUCUUUAUUUUUCUUACUUCUAUAGUCGGCUAGAACCUAAGAAUACAUAUAUACAAGCUCCGCCCACAGCUCUGCGGCGCGCAUGUCAAUCAUCUACGUGAGAGAGUCGUGCGCGCUCGCUUCUUUUCAAACCCUAGGCACAUUUUUUUGCGCUAAUGUAAACCAAGCAUAUGUAAAACUAAAGGUUCCUUGCUCCUACCUGACAUAUGAGGUUUGCAUAAGCAUUAGUGUGAUAAUCUCUUAUGAGAUUUGCCACGACGUUCGAGUUUUCGGAAUAAAACCAGAGACACAAACGUGUGUUUGUAUGGCAACGCCGACUAUUAGACACACGCGAAACGUAGUUGACGUCACGCAAAUGAGCAAACGUGAUCGGAUGGAACGUCUAUGCAAAUGCUCUCCGGGCGGGACAGGGAUGGCUGUGAGUGGAGCUUGUAUUUGUUCUUGGGUUCUAAACGACUGUAGCGUACCUAUGCUAUUUUAUGAAACAACCAUAGUCGGACAUCGUUGGAGGAAUGUUUGUACACAGUACGAGAU